GCUAAAAAUUGAUUAUAUUCUGAAUGUAUUUGGAACAUGAGGUCUUAGAGAUUUCAUGAUAGUUUGGAUGUGGAGUGUUGAAAAAUGUGGUAAAAAUAAACAAAAUAAAGACACAGAAAUAUUGGUAUUACCUUGCUGCCAUUAUUGAUUACAAAUUAUUUUUCCUGAUAUUCACAAUGCUCCAUGAAAUAAAACACCAUCUAAAACCAUGCUUGUGAUACUUUUAAGGAUUGUAUUGUAAACAAACCCUAUAUGUUUAUAUGGUACUUUAAUAUUUCUUCCUCGGAGAUUGAACUGAACAAUUGUUUAAAUUCGCUUGAGCUUAUGUAAGUCUGAAACACACUGUAAAUCCCCAAUGGCAAGGAAGCCUCUAUCUUGUCUCAUGCAGUGCUGAAGACAUUAACGGAGGCUGGUGUUUAUUGGACCAUGAUGGGCAUGGCACUCAAGAUGUUGAGACUGUAAUAAGCACCCAAACCCCCAAGUUUCAUUUCCUCCCAGCGUCACACUGAGGCAUAGGCUGAAAUCUAUUAGUUACCUAGGACUGUGCUAUUAAAUAAUAAGUUGUAAAGAAAUUUAGAGAAAAUGUUAAUGAAAAAAUUGUAUAGAAUCACAUAACUUGACCAUUUCUUACAUUGCAGUAGGAGAAAAAAUGAAAGACCCUGGAAGUCAUAAUCACUCUGACCCUGUGAAUGCAUUCAUUCUACUUGGAUUCCCUUGUCCCCAGGAGAUUCAGAUCCUCCUCUUCUCCCUCUUCUCUGUGACCUAUGUCCUGACACUCAUUGGAAACCUGUGCAUUAUCUGUUCUGUGUGGUGGACCCAGCAUCUCCAUGGCCCCAUGUACAUCCUGUUGGCCAACUUUUCCUUCCUGGAGAUCUGGUAUGUCACUUCUACUGUGCCCAAUAUGCUAGUCAACCUCCUCUCUGGGACCAACACCAUCUCUUUCUCUGGCUGCUUCCUCCAGUUCUACUUCUUCUUCUCCAUGGGCACCACGGAGACCUUCUUCCUGUCUGCCAUGGCCUUUGACAGGUACCUUGCCAUCUGCAGGCCCCUGCACUACCCCACCAUCAUGACAGCGCGACGCUGCUGCAGACUGGGAGCCUGCUGCUGGGCGUGCGGCUUCUCCUCUUUCCUCCUCCCAGUGUAUCUGAUCUCCAAGCUUCCCUUUUGCGGCCCCAAUACUAUUGAUCACUUUUUAUGUGACCCUGGGCCCCUUCUGAAGUUGUCUUGUGUGCCAGCUCCUUCCACAGAAACCGUCUGUGCCGUAGUGAGCUCGGUCCUAAUUUUCUCCACCUUCCUCUUCAUUACCGGCUCCUAUGCCCUGGUGAUCAGAGCAGUGCUCAGAGUCCCCUCUGCUGAGGGCCGGAGAAAGGCCUUCUCCACGUGUGGCUCCCAUCUGGCUGUGGUCUCCCUGUUCUACGGCUCCAUCAUGGUGAUGUACGUGAGUCCCACAGCAGGCAACCCAGCAGGGGUCCAGAAAAUUGUGACUUUGUUUUAUUCUGUGCUGACUCCACUUUUCAACCCCUUGAUUUAUAGCCUCCGGAAUAAGGAAGUGAAAGAGGCCCUGAGAAAACUGUUUAGGAUUACAAGAUUCGGUCAAAGACACCCUCUCAAGAGCUAGAGUCAAUAAUGAUCCCAGGGAAAUUUGAGAAAGCAAACAUUUCUGGAAUUUUUUGAGGGAUGCGGUUCAAUGAUUCAAAUAGCAAAUGAAAUGUUACAGGGACCGGCGCUGUGGCUCAGCAGGUUAACACCCUGGCCUGAAGCGCCGGCAUCCCACAUGGGCACCGGUUCUAGUCCGGCUGCUCCACUUCCGAUACAGCUCUCUGCUAUGUCCUGGGAAAGCAUUAGAAGAUGGCCCAAGUCUUUGGCCCCUGCACCCACGUGGGACACCUGGAAGAAGCUCCUGACUCCUGGCUUUGGAUCUGUGCAGCUCCAGCCUUUGCAGCCAACUGGGGAGUGAACCAGUGGAUAGAAGACCUCUCUCUCUCUCUCUCUCUCUCUCUCUCUCUCCCUCUGCCUCUCCUUCUUUCCCUGUGUAACUCUGACUUUCAAAUAAAUAAAUAAAUCUUUAAAAAAAAGUUACAGGUACCUUAAUGAAUUCUUUGUAUUAGACUUUAUUGUAUUAUUAUUCCAAUGACUUCUGCCUGGAAACAAGAAAAUGCCAGACAUUCUCAGACAUUUUGGAAGCCAAAAUCAUAUGUAACCCAGAUAUCAAUUGAUCAGUUUC